AUGUCGCAGCUCGAGACUGUGGCCUCUUUCAUCGAGGGAGCUCCCCCCGGCGAGCUCGCCGAUGUCGUUGCCGAUAUUAAGACCCUUACGGCCUCGUCUCCGAACCUCCUUUCGCAGCUCGGUCCAGCGUUUCAAAGGUACAACGAGGAGCAGCUGAUUACUGUGAAGCUGCCUGGAAGCAGCGAGUCUGUACUUGUCAGCGAACACAACAGCCUGGGCGAUGGCCGAUACUACGACGUCGAGAGCUCCUCCAGCUUCGAAUUUGAUCACGCAACACAAAAAGCCAGCGCUGUACAGAGCCAUACUAUCGAGGGCGCACAAGCCGAUUUAACAAAAUCGACAUUGAAAAGCCUGAGCACGUACAUUUCGGAGCACUUUCCUAAUGCUGCCUAUGGCGUCUACCCAAUCGAGUCGGACUCUAAGAUUGCCAUAGUCAUUGUGGCCAACAAAUACAGCCCAAACAACUUCUGGAACGGCCGCUGGAGAUCUGUUUACACCUUCAACCCUUCGUCUGGCUCGCUCGAAGGAACCAUCAAAGUCGACGUUCACUACUACGAGGACGGCAACGUACGUCUGCAGACCAAGAAGCCCAUCUCUGUUUCGGUUGCAUUGAGCACCGGUGCCGGAAUUGCCAAAGAGAUUUCAUCGACGGAGAGGAAGUAUCAAGAAGAGCUCAACAAGGGCUUCGUCAGCCUGAGCGAGGGUGCGUUCAAGGGCCUGCGCAGGCAGUUGCCGGUCACCCGCCAAAAGAUCGAAUGGGACAAGGUUACAGGCUACAGACUCGGCCAGGAUAUUGGCGGUGGUUCAUCAAAGCGAUAG